GACUUUGAGGAUUAUGCAAUGAGAAUUUUACAUGACCUUCAUUCAGAAGCUCGGACUCUAAAGGGUGAUAUCAGUAUUCUUCUUGAUAAAGCAAGUUUGGAAAGUCAAGAAAGCAUUGGUUUCAUAAAGGCAACAAAAGUACUGAUGAAAAAAAACUCAGAGGAUAUCAUAAAAAUAAGAGAGUUUUUCCAGAAGUAUGGAUAUAAUCCAUGUGCCAAGAAAAAUCCAGUGGAUGAGCAAGAAGUUGUUGAUUCUAAACCAGAGUCCACUAAAGAUGAAAUGCUUCAAAAGCCUGAUGUGAAGAAUGGCAUGUCUGACCCUGCUGCUCUGAGCAGCUCUGCUUCUGAGAAGAUGCCAUGUAGUCCACAACUUUCAGACUUUGGGCUUGAGCGGUACUUGAUAUAUCAAGUUCCACCAAUCCCUCCACAGGCAAUAAACCAAAAGAAAGAGCCAGAAACAUUAACUCCAACUUCCAAACAAUCACUAGUUCAAGUAUUAAAAACUCCAAAAUGUGCACUGAAUAUGGAUGACUUUGAGUGUGUGACUCCUAAAUUAGAGCACUUCGGUAUCUCUGAAUACACGAUGUGUUUGAAUGAGGAUUACACAAUGGGACUUAAAAAUAGGAAGAACAAAAGUGCGGAAGCUGUAGAAACAGAACCAGAGUCCAGUAAUAGCGCCACCAUUGGCCUCACAAACCAGCAAUUGGAAAAAAAUGAUGCUGAAUAUACAAAGUCUCCCUUGGCACCUACAUUCUGUACUCCUGGUUUGAAAAUUCCUUCCACAAAGAACAGAACAGCUUUGCAAGGAUGUUAUUUUGAAGAGCAAAACAUGGAAACAAUGUUAAUGUCAAAUGGUAGAGGAGAAGAUAAUAAGGUAUUAUCAGAGUAUCCAUUAUCAAAAACAAAUAGUUCGUCAAAUGAUUUAGAAAUGGAAGAUUGUACAUCGUUAGUUUUGAAUUCAGACAAGUGCUUUGAGAAUUGUGCAGCUCCCUCUUCCCCUGUGAUUUCUUCUCACGAGAAUCUUCUCAGAACACCUACACCUCCAAAAGUAACUGCAAUUCCAGAAGACGUUCUCCAGGUUUUAUUAAAAUAUAACCCAAACCUAGCAGCUACUCCGGUAGCAGUUCGGGCAUGCCACCCAGCAGAGCAUCCGUUACCAGACGCACAGGCCCGCAUGUCUGAGAUGUCGGCAACAGCAACACUGGUGAAAGUCUUUCCAGCAUAUGGCUGCUGACCUCUCCGUUCCCCU